ACUAAAAAGAAUUCCUACCCAGAAAGCCGCCCAAUAGAAAAGUCGGUCCCUUUAUCAUCUCCAAAUCAGGUACGAAACACCGGAGAGAGUUGUCUCCAAGAAGUGAUGGACAAAUGGGGUUCUCUGGUUGUGCUCCUGGGCAUCCUGCUGGUGUUCUUCUUGGAAGUCAAAGGCACCACCCUUGUGGAAGAUGGGGAUCCCAUUUCCCAACAAGAGAAGGAUAGGGUGCUUGAGCUACCUGGCCAGUUCUUCAAUGUAAGUUUUGCUCAUUAUGCUGGGUAUGUUACAGUUGACGAGGAAGCUGGGAGGGCUCUGUUUUAUUGGUUCUUUGAGGCUGUGGACGACCCAUCGUCAAAGCCUCUCGUCUUGUGGCUUAAUGGAGGUCCUGGCUGUUCUUCUAUUGCUUAUGGAGAGGCUGAAGAGAUUGGUCCUUUCCAUAUCAAGCCAGACGGAAGGACCCUUUACUUGAAUCCAUACUCAUGGAAUCAAGAGGCCAACAUCCUCUUCGUAGAUUCACCCGUUGGUGUUGGUUUUUCUUAUGCACACAAUACUGAGGAUCUAUUGAACAAUGGAGAUAGACGAACUGCGGAAGACUCCCUAAAUUUUCUGAAAAAUUGGUUCAAGCGGUUUCCGCAGUAUAAAGGAAGAGAUUUCUAUAUCACUGGGGAGAGCUAUGCAGGACACUAUGUUCCUCAGCUGGCACAUGCUAUAGUGAGAUAUCAAAGCUCAACUGGCAAAAAUGAUAUCAGCCUUAAAGGUUACAUGGUUGGAAAUGCACUUACAGAUGAUUUCUAUGAUCAUUUGGGGGUUUUUCAGUUUAUGUGGUCAACUGGUUUGAUAUCUGAUCAGACAUACAAGCUGCUUAACGUUUUUUGUGAUUUCCAGUCCUUCGUGCAUACUUCUGACCAGUGUGAUAGUGUUCUUGAACUUGCUGAGAAAGAACUUGGAAAUAUUGAUGAAUACAGUAUCUAUACUGCUACCUGUCAAAUAAGCAAUGCAACUUUCUCGAGUCGGCUGCACAGAAAAAUGCACUCAUUUGGUCGAAUAAGUGAACAAUACGAUCCUUGUACUGAGAAACACUCAACCAUCUACUUCAAUCUGCCUGAGGUCCAAGAAGCACUACAUGUGAACCCUGCAUUUGCACCUCCACACUGGGAAACUUGCAGCGACAUGGUUUCUGAACAUUGGAAGGAUUCUCCAAGAUCGAUUCUCCCUAUAUACCAUGAGCUUAUUAAAUUGGGCCUUCGGAUUUGGAUGUUCAGUGGUGAUACAGAUGCUGUUAUCCCUGUUACAUCAACAAGAUAUAACAUAGAUGCUUUGGGGCUUCCCCCCGUGACUCCUUGGCGUGCUUGGUAUGUUGAUGGGCAGGUAGGAGGAUGGAGUCAAGGAUACAAGGGGCUAACAUUCGUAACUGUGAGAGGUGCGGGCCAUGAAGUUCCUUUGCAUAGACCAAAGCAGGCUCUUGUACUCUUUAAGGCAUUUCUAUCUGGAAGCACAAUGCCGUCUUCACCACCACAUUUUCAAUUGGUUGAUUCAAUAUAAGCUUCUUUCCUACUGCUUUAGUGGUGAACCUAUUUUAUAUUUCACAUUAUUUGAAAUAGGCAGAUACUGUAUGAACAUGGGGCCAUGGCAAUUGGGAAUAAGAUCACAUAAGCUGUGACUUUUCUUUUGUUUAAUAA